AUGAACGAUGGAAAACCGGGAGAUCCGCUCGCUUCGCGGAGACAUGUCAAGAUUUUGUCCAGUGCGUCCGAAGUGAGUUUGGAAUUUCCGGCUACAGUUUCUUAGAUGCCAAUAAAUCGCGACAAUUCCUCGGUCGGCUCCAUUGCCAGCGUUUAUCAGCAAAAUCUUUAUGAUGACGAAUACUCGGCGGAGAAAAUGCGUGCCAAAGGGUUCUGCAAUAACGAUGGCACACCGUGGAUCGACUGCUUGUAAGUGGAAAAGCUACAAUUAGAAGAAAUAUCGCAAAAAUGAAAGGUUUCCACAAAUUUUUUGAAAAUUUUAUCUUUUUUGGUGAAAAAAGAUGAUUUUUCGUAUAAAAUGUCUCCAAAGUGAAGAUCGUUCGAUCGCCAGAUUUUCCUUCUACAAUUUUGAAAUAGAUUUCAGUAGAUAGCAACCGAUUUUUCUUUAAAAAAAUAUCUUUUCCCCCAUUUUAGGCCAAAAGAUGAAGCCGCCUUGUUCAAAAAAGGCCUGGUCAACCGAGAGUGCAAACGACAGACCUACCGAUGCAGUGAUCCGCAAUUUUUGGACACUGUCGAGAUGCUCAAUCAACAUUUGAUUGACGAACAUGGCCGACCAGUCCCGAGAAAAUGGUACAUUUUUUUAAUACAUAAGGUCCAAAAAAUUUUCAAAAAAAUAAAAAAAAAUUUGUACAAAAAUGAAAAUUUUUUCUAGUCCUGUGACUGCUGACGAGUUAUUUGAGCGUGGAUAUACCGACAAGAGUGGCCAGUUCCACAAGGACAGUGCAGUUCACAUCCUGGAGUGCUUCUUUGAGGAGAUUCGGAACUACAGCAAAGGCCUUUUCCAUCCGAAUGGAGAUGUUUACAGUAAUGACACCACGGAGUAAGCUGUUUUUAAAUCCUUUGAGGGAAAAAUACAAGUUGCAAAAAAAAUUUUUUUUGUUAAAAAGAAUCUUGAUCUCCAGAUUUUGUCAAAAAAUUUUCUUUUCUUCAGACCCUCCACUUUGACUAUCCCGGAACGCCCCAAAAAAUCGAGAUCCAAGACCAAUUCGGAACGCUCGGCCAAAAAAUCCGUCUCCAAGUCCAAGAGAACGGACACUAGCAGUUCUGGAAUCACCUGGGAUUCCAAUGUGGAUUAUUACGCCAAGAAAAGCCCGGGUUUGGUGACCAAUGAAACGCAGCGCUCGGACUCGGACCGCUCUGAAAUUUCGCUCACGCCCAGGAAUGGGUACCGAGGGUAGGUUGUAGACUGAAUUUUUUUGUCAUUCUUUGGCUGGUUUAGAGCGAUUUAAAAAAAAAAAAUUUUUUAAUUUUUCAAAAAUUUGGCCAAAAUUUGCAAUUUUUUUGUCAUCAAAAUUUAUUAAAAAACCAAAAAAUUGAUGACAUUUUUGCCAAAUUUCAUUGUCAUUUGAGCAGUCCGCCUUAAAAAAGGUGUAAAAAUCCAUUUUUAUUAUAUGAAUUCAAUAUGUCAGCACUUCCAGUAACCCUAGUCGGAUUCGAAUUCCGUCCAAGCCGUCGACUCGCCGAGCGGGUUCGGCCCCAAAUUCCAGCGAGCUGAGCAACGAUCUGGCCAAGGAGUUGGCCAAGGACCCGGGCGUUCGCCGCUCGGACAAACAGUUUGCGAUCGGAAUGGAGUAUGGAAGUGAUCAGGACCCGGGAAAGUUGAAGUACUAUUUCCUGAAGAACGGGCGUCUUUACGAGCUGGAUUCCAGCGCCGGCCAGCUCACGGUGGAGGUGGGAUCGGGGAUUUGUGGAGUCAGAACGAAGAGCAAGAAGAAGAAAGGAAAGGAAUAA